AUGUCGUCGCAGACCAUGACGGCGCCAGCGGUGGGCCAUCGACCGCCUGAUCCAGGCACCGACACGCCCAUGUACGACUAUGGCGGCUCACAGCACGACGCUUCGCCUCACUCCGACCCUAGAAGCGACUCCGCAAUCCCCGACAUGCAUAAUUCUGCCCCAGCCUCUAAAGGCUUGCCCGCCACUCCGAUUGGAAUAAAGAGGGAGUCAUUUGACAACCAGGACUUCGCCAUGACCGAAGACACAAAGGAUGCGAAUGCCCAGUCUGCCGCCGGGGCGCUUUUGGCCCAACUGCUUGGAAACCAGUCCGCGCCGAAUCCUUCUGCGCCAGAUCAAUCUGUCGGGCCACCGAUCAAGGAACAGGAUGGAGGACUACACGACUCAAAUCGCCCGUCACUCGACCUAAGCGCUCAAUUCUCGACGCACGCCGACUCGAAUCUACCACAUGAUCCUACCUCGGUAUCUACGGAGAUGCCCAAUAUGUCGAAUGGUGAUUUUCCGAUGACGGAUUUCCUUGCAGGACUGGGCUCGCAUGAGGGAGGUGGAUUGGGACAUCGAUUAUCAGACGCCAUGGAUUCUCUCUCCGAUCCGAUGAACCCCAAGCAGAGUCUGGAGCAGCCAUCACUCCUGCCUGCUUUCGACUUGACCGGAGCUCCGAAGAAUGCUUUUGAUGCCCUCCAGCAGAAUGAGCUUUUGACGGCCGCAUACCUCUCACAGGGCGCUGAUCUAUCAGCGCUUGGAUAUCAAGAUGCAUCGGCAUCCAUUGCCGGGUCUGAGCCUCGCAUCCAGGCAUUUGCCAAGCUAGAGUUUGAUGAUGGUCAUUUCUACUGUAAUACCUACUCUUUUAUUCUGGGGCGAGAUGUCCGAGCUGCGCGCGCCGCCCACCAGCGAGAAAUCCAGUACCGGCAGGCCGUGCGGAGCUCUCGGGCAAAGAGCUCAAGUGGUGGUGGUAACGCUUCACAUACCCCCAAUCGCAUGAAGCGGGAGGAAAGUGCUGCCAUGAUGGGCAGUGUGGUCAGUGAUCGUGGAGGUAUCAUGGGCUUUGAUCCGGACGUUCCCCCACAUCUUCCAUCAAAUUUGAACAUCAGCCGACGAUCAUCAAAAUCUUCCCUCGGUGAAUCGUCCAUGCCCUUGCAUGCCAAUCCAGCGCAAUUACAAACUACCACAUCAACGGACUAUAAUGCGCUUGCGAUGCAAUCCCUUCAGGAUGGAAACGGCGAUCCUAAGCCAGUUGAUGCCUUGGCUUUACUCCCAUCACCUGACUCUUGUCCUACCAUUCCAAUUCAUCCCCCAUCAACCAUCGACGGUAGUGCCGCAGGUCACCGCGGUAUCUCGCGCCGGCAUGUUCGCAUUGCCUACAAUUUUGACAAGAGCCUGUUUGAGAUGGAAGUGAUGGGUCGUAAUGGAGCCUUCAUUGGAGCCGAUUGGUUAUCGCCAGGUCAACUCCGUCCGUUGCACAGUGGAGAUUACAUCCAAAUUGGAGGUGUGCGCAUUCGAUUUUUACUGCCAGAUGUUCCCAUCGGAGAGACUGGCGCGGAUCGCUUGGAAGAACAGGCAGCAGAGGAAGAGGAUGUCAUGGAAUCUAUUGACGCCGAUGCUGACGCUGACGCUGACGCUGAUGCCGACGCUGAGCAUGAGCUUGAUGAUGAUAUGGGAGGACCCUUGAGCGAUGGCGAGGGCAAAGAUUCCAAGACAACUAAGAUCGUCGUCAAGACGAAGGAUUCUGAUUCGAAGGCACAGUCCGUUGAAUCGGGAGAUCAACCGGCCCGCCGCCGUGGUCCCGGUCGACCCCCCAAAGAUGGCAUCAUGUCUAAGCGUGAAAGAGCUGAACUUGCUCGGGAGCAGAAGAUAGCCGCUAAGCGCGAAGCCAAUGGUGGUGUCACGCCGCCACAGAACCGGCCAACCAAGGCAGGAAAGACAGUAACCACCACCACUAUUACCCAAGAAUCAGUUGGUGCUGAAUCGCCUCCUUCGUCUGUCAAGCCUUCAGAGAAAAGGAAGUACAACAAGCGGAAGAAGGAUGGCACCUCGAUGGACUUCCCUCUACCUUCUAUGGAAAGUGGCCAAUUCCCUGCAGAGCAACGGCCUGAGGAAUACGUAAAGCCUCCGCCAGUCAAGAAGCGCAAGCCCUCUCGGUCUCCUUCUCCAAACUAUCCUCCCGAGUCUGCUUACACGCAGGAGGACCUGGCCAAGCCACCUUACAAUUACGCUGUUCUCAUCUUUGAUGCUCUGACAGAGGCUGGUACCCCGAUGACGCUAAAGCAAAUCUACCGCGCAUUGAAAUUGAAGUAUCCCUACUUCCGCUUCAAGUGUGAGACGGAGGGAUGGACCUCGAGUGUACGACACAAUCUCAAUGGUAAUGGCCACCUGUUCAUGCACGCGGAGCGAGAUGGUAAAGGUUGGUCAUGGCAGCUCCGGCCUGGUGCUUCCGUUGAGAAAGAAAAGAAGAGACGGCCCUCGCCUCCUCCACCGCCGCCGCAACAGCCUCCGCCGCAGGUGUCGGCACCAGCUCCCCAGCCAUAUAUGGGACCUAUCACUCAUUCCUAUCCUCCUCCAUCUGGUGGUCCACCUCCGAUGCAAGCUCAGCAUCACAACUUCCAAUUCCCUCCGAUGCCAUCUACCAACUUCUCUGCACCACCGCCGGCUCCUCAACAUUCAAGUCCUUACGCUGCACCACCCCCUCCUCCCGCUGCUGCGGCUCCUGCUCCUGCUCCUCCUGUUUCUGCCCCGGUCUCUUCUGCUCCCUCUGCGGCUCCUCCUGCCCCUCCUCCUGUCCCUGUUUCUGCUCCUGUUCCUUCGCCUGCUCCUACUCCCACUCCUGCCCCUGCUCCCGCGGCUGCAUCCUUCCCUAUGGCGAACAAUAUUCGCAGCAGCCUUCCGGCUGCUUUUGCUCGAACCAUUCCAUCAACCUACACAUCUCCUUAUGCAGUUGAUCCACCUGGACAGGGUGCUCAGGCUCAGCAGGCUCAGGCUCCACGACCUGGACAGGGACCACCGCCUCCGCAGCAGUCCCCCUACCCACCCCCAAACCCACCUCAACCACAACACAUGAAUCCGCAACCCCAAUCUUACCCACCUCCUGGGCCUCAGUUCCAACCCCAGCAUCAGCAACCGGUCCAGUCGCAGCAACAGCCGCCUCAGCAACCACAUCCGCCCCAGCAUCAACACCAUCAACAUCAGCAUCAGCAUCAGCAGCCGCAUCAACAUGUGGUACCGCCUCACCACCAGGCACCGAAACAACCACCUCCGCCACCACCUGGUCCACCAACGCAUUCCCAGCAGCAGCAGAUGCCUCCGCGGCAAAGUUCUAUGCCGCAUGGACCCCCGGAAACAUCCUCAUUCACUGAGCGUGCGAACAAAGCCAUUGAUGACUUUGAGGCCGUUCUUAUGGAAGACUACGAGGACAAGAACUACAUCCGAGAGGUGCUUCGAAGUGCCCGUGCCCGUGUGGUAGGCAAUGCCACUGAAAGUUCGUUCCCCGGUGGAGAACCCAAGGACGAGGGCGUCAUCAUGGACGUGCUUCGCAACCUGGUUGGAAGCUUGAAAGACGAGUAG